ACUUCGUCGUAUUGGAUACAUCGAAGUCCCGCAGAAUGCAAACACACAAAAGGGUGCAACGCGAGGACUCCACGGGGAACAUCCUGCGCAAUCGUUCUUGGAGUCACGGUCUCGACGACGAGAAUGAGGUCGCCAGCGAGAACGUAUUGCUGAACGAAGCCAACGAGCCAAGGUUCGCGCGUGAACAAAUGCAGAAUUCUAUUUCGACGGAAUGCAACUCUUGCCCGGUCGUGACGUUCGCGGAGGAGAAGAUGCGUCGCAAACUACGAUUUUUCUUUAUGAAUCCGAUCGAGAAGUGGCAGGCGAAGCGACGUUUCCCCUACAAAUUUAUUAUUCAGCUCAUCAAGAUCUUCCUUGUGACCGCACAACUCUGUUUGUUCGCGCACAAUAAUUAUAUGCACGUAAACUAUACAUGGGACAACCGAAUCACGUUCUCUCAUCUGUUUUUGAUGGGAUGGGACUCUGCUCAAGAGGUGCCCGCGUAUCCACCAGCGACAGGACCAUUGGCCGUUUACAAACGCAGCAGUUUCUACGAUGCUAUCGAUUACGCUCUGCAAGGUUACUACAAUAUUGACGACGCCAUCGGUUCAUACUCCUACAUCGCCGAAAAUAAUUCGGUUGGACCCUUAACUUUGUGUCUCUAUCAAUACAAAGAAGGCAUUAUAUUCGGCUUUAACGAGAGCUACGUGUUCGAUAACGAGGUAGUGGAAACGUGCAUGAACAUCACUCUGGAAGCUUUCGACACGUUCAAUUCGUCGCAAAAUCUACUGCAGGACAAAAAUAUUAAUGUCAAUUUCUCUGCGCUGGUACGUGCUCAACUCAAGUUUAGUCUAAAGACGGUAAACCUGAAAGCAGCGGGACCGAUGACGCCGCCUGAUUGCUAUCGUUUCAAUAUUCGAAUUAAUUUCGACAAUCGUGAUUUCGACGGACAAAUGUUACUCUCGUUGGACGCCGAGCCGAGGAAAUUGCAGUGCAAAGGUGACACCCGUUAUAUCACGGACAAUCGCAUCGAGUCAGCACUGAGGACUCUGCUGAAUUUGCUCGUCAUAUUGAUCUGCUCAAUCUCCUUCGUUCUGUGUUCACGUGCGAUUUAUAGAGCGCAAAUGUUGAAAUUCGAUACAAUGAACUUUUUUAAAAAUACAUAUGGCAAAAUGUUGAGUCUCGAAGGUCAAUUGGAGUUCCUGAACUUCUGGUACAUCAUGAUUAUCAUCAAUGAUCUACUAAUCAUCAUUGGUUCCAUCAUAAAAGAGAGAAUUGAACGCCAGCAUUCGAGCAGCGACCACUGGAGCAUAUGCAGCAUAUUUCUCGGUACUGGCAAUCUGUUGAUGUGGUUCGGCGUGUUGCGUUACCUUGGUUUCUUCAAGACGUACAACGUCGUGAUCUUGACUUUGAAGAAAGCAACGCCGAAAGUAGCGAGGUUUCUGAUAUGCGCGAUCCUCAUCUACGCCGGCUUCACGUUCUGCGGCUGGUUGGUACUCGGCCCGUACAACAUGAAGUUCCGCUCUCUCGCGACCACAUCCGAGUGCUUGUUCGCGUUGAUCAACGGCGACGACAUGUUCGCCACAUUCUCCAUCACGUCUUCCAAGUCACCGGUGCUGUGGUGGUAUUCUAGGAUUUAUUUAUAUACAUUCAUCUCGCUUUACAUUUACGUCGUAUUAAGUUUAUUCAUUUCUGUGAUAAUGGAUGCCUACGAUACCAUUAAGAUCUAUUAUCGCGACGGUUUCCCGAAGAACGACUUACAGACAUUUAUAGCACCGUGCACAGAUGAGGCAUCGAGCGGUCUCUUCAUGGACGAGUCAGAGAAGAGCAAUCUAACGGACAUACUUGAUCGGUUUUGUUGUUGUCGAAAAAGGCCCUUUUACGAAUCUUUCUCGGAAUCGUCCACCGCAGACUGCUCGACUAAGUGCGAGCAAGUCUCUGGAGGAGCCAUCUGCGUAUAGUGCGUUAAUUGAGAGUACUUGGAAGUCUUACGGCGCGACUACAAAUACUCAAUAAUUUGAUUGUGUCAACAUCUUUAAUCUAGAACGAUCCUGGUUAACGAGUCUACAUGUCGCAGUACAGAUAAGAUGUAACAGAAGAGACUAAUGCUGUAAUUCUAAACAGAAUCGUAAGUCUCGCAACUUGUUCUCGUAAAAUACGUACGAACUUAUGAGUAGAUUUACAAUUUUAUGCAAUAUUAUAUGUUGUACAAUUAAUCGUAAAUAUCUACGAUUUCAUGUAAUUUACGAUAUUUACAAGUGAUUAUAUGACAUAUGAUAUUGCACACAAUUGUAAAUCUACUUAUAAAUUCUUACGAAUUUUACGAGAAUAAGUUACGAGACUUUCGAUUCUGCUUAAAAUUGAAAUAUAAAUAAUAUCUUCACAAUGUGAGUAGACGAACGUAUAUUUUUUAUUUUUUAAUGUAACUUACAUAUGUUAUAAUUGUGCUGAUAUAACGAAAAUAAUAGUAAAAUAGCAUAUAAAUAAUUAUUUUACCAAAGUUAGCACUUUGUUCAAAAAUACGACGAUUAGUUUCUUCAACGUGAGAAGGAUUGAAUAAAAGUAGGAUCAAUUUUUUUAACAUCGAUGUAGAUGCGAUUUUACAUUAAAGUAUCUUUAUACGGAAGACGAAAGAGAUUCUGUAACCAUGGUUAGUUCUUAUUGGUGUUGAUAUAGCCAAAAUAUACAACCAGACGGCUUGCCAUAUGUUUCUGUUACUGCCACCGCAUAAAUUUCGUUCUGUAAUAUUUUAAAAAAGCAUCUAUUUAUAACAUAUCGACAGAAAAUCUUCUUUUAACUUUUAAUACUUAUAAAAUAAUUGUUUUAACGUUGCGUCACGCGUAAAAACUUUUAUUUGAUAAUAUUUAAUUGAAAUUACCAGAAUAAUUUCUUAUAUCCGCGUGCAAUAUUGCACGCGACAUGCACUUUUAUUGUACUUUAUGAUGCUUUGUUCUUUUUAGCUGCACUGCUGAAUUAGUGCAAUAAGUUAGAGUGAGAGAAAGUAUUGGUCUGUUCUUUUCAGCUACACUGCUGAACUAGUGCAAUAAGUUAAAGUGAGACAAGUAUAUUUUUUCUCAUUCUAACUUAUUGCACCAGUUCAGCAGUGCAGCUGAAAAGAACAGACCAAUAUUUGUUUCACUUUAACUUAUUGCACUAGUUCAGCAAUGCAGUUAAAAAGAACAGAUCAUAAGUUAGUGCUGACACUGAAAAACUGAUGAAUUCGCAUAAUAAUAGUACAUUAUUAUUAAGGUAUGUAAUUUCAAAAAAUAUAUUCUUGAAAAAAAUAAAUGACAGGAACUUUUCAUAGUUGUAGCUCAAUUGUUACACAAUCGUUGUAGUGUUACAUACCAAAGUUAUCGUAAAGAAGAUCAUACUACGUAUUUAAAUAUACAGCGAUAUAACUAUUUAUUUACAACAAUUUAAGUAAAGUACAUAAAAUCUGAUCAAGUUAUAGCAGCUCUGCAUUUAGUUAGACAACUAUGUAUAAAGUUAUUCGAUAUAAAAUUGAUCUUAUAGUAGAAAAAUAAACAAACAUGCAGGAUUAAUUAUAUAUAACCCAGAAUUAAAAUGUAAAUUAAAUAGUCGGUUUAUAACCAUAGUUAUAUCCUGAUGCAUAUGUGUAUUAUAUUAAAAAUCAUGGUUAUUGUGUCAAGCAAAUUCUAUUUGCGUCUGUAUGUAAAUUAUAUAAAUAUUUGUAAUUCAUAUAGAACAUGCUCGCACAAGAAACUAUCCAAAGAAAAAUAUUUAUAUAUUUACAUUGAAAAGUACAAUAAAUGUCUGACUUUUCUAAUGAA